AUGUUAUUUCCACUACUUCUUAUCCUACAAUUUAUUGUUUCCAUAGAUAGAAAAUGGACAGAUAGGGCAGAGUGGCAGCCGUUGUCUCCACCACCUCAGAUAACGGUGGAUAUGUCGGAGAAAGACUCGUUGCUGAGGCGCGACGCAGAGAAUGGGAAGAACUACAGUGAAAUCGUGGUCGUUCGUCCAUCUAAAUCAAAAGUGAAACAUUAUGCGAAUUCCAGAGUUGGAUGUUGGGAACGCCGACGGAGAGCACGAGCGAAGGCUAAGUACUAUAGAGAGCUGGAAGAGUUACAAGAGGUUUUCGAGACUGAUCGACUGCUUGUCGAAGGAGAAGAAAAAAUUCUUGAGAUGGAAAGAGGUCCUGAUCGAAUAUUGGCUCGAAUAUUGUUAAUGCUGAAUAUUUGCCUACUUUUUGCAAAUCUUUUUGCAUCGAUAAUGUCAGGAUCAUUAUCGAUCGUUAGUACAUUUGUCGAUUCCUUUAUGGAUAUUACUACGAGUCUAAUACUGGGUGUAUGUCUUUGGCUCAUUAAAAACACUAACUAUUACAAAUAUCCUCGAGGAAGAUCAAGGCUGGAGUUGCUGGGGGUGAUUUUAUGUUCAGUCAUUAUGGGUAUCGCCAACAUGUUCCUCAUAAUGCAGUCCGUAACAGCAAUACUCACAGGAAAGAUCGAUCCUGAAGUAGAUAUUUUAGUCCUGGCUAUUAUGUUGGGUGGAUCAAGUAUCAAGAUAAUUUUGAUGGUAAUUUGUUACAAGCGAGGAACUGCGUCGUCAAAGGUUCUUGCUAUGGAUAUGCGUAACGACAUUGGGACAUCGCUUGUGGCUGUUGUUUGUGCAACAAUUGGCGACAGAUACUGGUCCUAUGCGGAUCCUGUUGGCGCUAUUUUAGUUUGUGGUUUGAUAGCCACAUCAUGGUUCCAUCACGCGAUCCAAAAUGUUCCUGUACUAGUUGGAGUACGUGCCGAACGCGAUGAGAUGAGUCGAAUUUUAAAAAUAGUUAUCGAACACGACGAAAGAAUACGACAAAUCCAUCAUUUAAUGGUCUAUUACACAGGACUUAAAGCAAUGGUCGAAUUACACAUUGUCAUGGAUGAAAAUCUACCGUUAAAGAUAACGCACGAUAUUUCACAUCCCCUCGAACAAAAACUGCUGAAGUUGGAUUUCGUUGAACGAGCAUUUGUUCACUGCGACUACGAAUGCGACGGUGACUAG